UCACCAAACAGGGCUCGUCCGAUCUUGCCGAUCGCGGCACGCUAAAGUGGGUCUUACCGUAAUUUGACUUCCGACGAAAGCAGGUUGUUUGCGUCGUCCUAAUUCUCCGUUUGCUCUCGCCAUUCCGUUGCUUCCUCCCCUGCGAUCUCGCGGCGGACGGAAAAAAAAAGAAAAAAAAAGAAAAAAAAAAGAAAAAAGCGGUGAUAUAUCUCCACCAUGUCGAAAUCGUUGCCCUAUUCGAUGCGCGAUGUGGACUACGACAACGCCAAGUUCCGCCACCGAUCCCGAUUCAAGAUGAUUAUGCAGGCUCUGAUUACAAGUAAUCGGAGAUCUCAAUGCACAAACUGUAGCCUGGGGAAGUUCUUGAUGCUAUUGAUGGUUUUCGGUUUGACAUACUUACUUGUAACACAUCAAAGUUCCAACACAUUUGCAUCUAACGGGCUUCAGAAUGGUGCUGCAAAUAAAGAAGACAAGCGUGAAAAUAGAGGUGAUAAUGUGAUUAGAAGGUUCUGGAGAAAGCCUCCAAGGCUUCCUCCCCAACUCCCUCCCAAUGUAAUGCAUAACGUUAGUUCUAAUCUUGAUGCUGACAAGUCAGAAAGUCAAUUGAGGCAACAAAAGGUCAAAGACGCAUUCAUCCAUGCUUGGUCUGGAUAUAGAAACUAUGCAAUGGGGUAUGACGAAUUGAUGCCCUUGAGCCAAAGAGGCGUUGAUGGUUUAGGAGGUCUAGGUGCCACUAUUAUUGAUGCCCUAGAUACAGCUUUAAUAAUGGGUGCUGAGGAUAUUGCUUCUGAGGCUGGAACUUGGAUUGAAAGCCACUUAAUAGAAAGAAUCAAUGGCAAAGGCCAGGUCAACUUCUUUGAAACUACAAUUAGGGUCUUGGGUGGGCUUCUCAGUGCUCAUCAUUUAAGCAUUGGUGAAAAGGGAUCUAAGGGUGUUAAUCCGCAAGUACUUUUGGAAGUAGCCAAACAUUUGGCUGACAGGUUGUUAUCAGCAUUCACUUCAAGUCCGACGGCUAUUCCUUUCAGUGAUGUUGUUCUUCACGAUAGUUCUGCGCAUCCAGCACCUGGCGGCUUAAGCAGCACGUCCGAGGUUGCAACUGUGCAACUCGAGUUUAACUAUCUUAGUGAAAUUUCAGGCGAUCCUAAGUAUGGUCUAGAGGCGAUGAAGGUGUUGGAACAUAUGCGAACGCUUCCCAAAGUUGAAGGACUAGUGCCUAUUUACAUCAGCCCACAUUCUGGACACUUCAGUGGAGAGAAUAUCAGGCUGGGCUCUCGUGGUGACAGUUACUAUGAGUACCUAAUUAAAGUUUGGAUUCAGCAAAAGGACGGUCGAGAUACUAAGUUUAAGUAUUUAUAUGAGAUGUAUACAGAAGCAAUGAGAGGAGUCAGGCACCUUCUCGUCCGGAAAUCUAUACCCAAAGGCUUGGUCUUUGUUGGGGAGCUUCCUUAUGGAUCCAAAGGUGCCUUCAGUCCAAAGAUGGAUCACCUGGUGUGUUUUCUUCCAGGGGCACUAGCUCUUGGUGCUACUAAAGGCUUGACUAAGAAGAAGGCAAUGGAAAAUAACUUACUGUCUGCAGAAGACUUGGAAAAUUUAAAGCUUGCUGAGGAUCUUGCAAAAACUUGCUUUGAAAUGUAUUCUGUAACUUCUACUGGAUUAUCUCCAGAAAUAGCUUAUUUCCAUAUCGAGGGUGGCUCUGAAGGUGGUCCUGAUGGCGGGAACAAAAGCUCCGAGUAUGUGAAUGAUAUAAUAAUUAAACCCAACGAUCGCCACAAUCUAUUGCGCCCGGAAACUGUGGAAUCACUUUUUGUGUUGCAUCGAAUUAUGGAAGAUCCAAAAUAUCGUGAGUGGGGUUGGCAGAUUUUUGAAGCAUUUGAGAAGUACACUAAGGUGGAGUCUGGGGGCUACACUUCAUUGGAUGAUGUCACCACAAUACCUCCAUACAAAAGAGACAAGAUGGAAACUUUCUUCUUGGGCGAGACAUUGAAAUACUUAUAUCUAUUAUUUGGCGAGAACAAUAUUCUUCCUCUAGAUAAGUUUGUAUUCAACACAGAGGCCCAUCCCUUUCCGCUUAUUAACUCGUCCUCAGGCUAGAUGGUUCAUGACGCCAAGCAUCCACAUCCUUUAACAUCAUAUCUUUUGGAAGCAGGCAUGGAAGAGAAUAUCUUCUGAUUAAUUUUGUCAUUUUUGCUUCUAUCUUCGUAUGUAAAGCCUGAUCAAAAUCAAAUUUUCCCUGCAUUAGCAUUGGAGCUUGCAGAACUGUAUUUCUGCAUCAGUCAAAGUAUGCGUAGGUUGAAGGGCGCUUAGUGCCUCUUUAUAUUUCCUGACAGUUUUUUCGCAUAUAAUUUUGUACUAGAUGAGUUGUUGUAAGUUCUUAUUUAAUUGUUGGCAACAAAUGAGUUACGGAAAAAUCCAGUUGUUUUGAGGCAGGUGCAAUAUUUGGAUGGAUUGCUUGGUUCUUACAAUGAAAUGCUUUUGCUGUGUGAAA